AUCUUUGCAUGGCAGAGUUCUGUUCUGCUUUUGUUUUCACCUUUUUCUUCUUCUUUUUUCCCCUUCAGCUUUACCCUAUUUGAAUUUUUUGUUAUUUUUAUUCGCCAUGUUUAUUGCUAUUAUCGGUUCAACGUCCAGCGGCAAGGAGGAGGUUGCUAGCUAUCUCAUCCGCACAAUGGGAUUCACUCGCCUGCACAUAUCCAACACCAAUGCUGUCACAACGCAGGGUGAUCUGGCAUUCCAAUCCACAAAGAGCAUUCUCGAAUACGUGACGCCACGCUGGCGGACCAACUUUGUCACCACUGACGUGACCAGCCCGGUCAACCUAUAUCUCCUGUGGAAGCGGCCAUUUGUUCUUGUUGUCGGCAUCGACGCGCCCACGGGCACACGCUACAGCCGGCAUUGCGCAAAGCGAAUCGCACACCAUGAGGAGCCAAUAACUUUGGAGAAGUUUGUUGAACUGGACGACAGGACCAUGUACGCGUGCGAGGAUCCGCCCAGGGGAGCGCAGGCUGUGAGUGAUUUGGCAAAGGAACUGGACAUCGGCAUAUGCCUGGCGGCCGACGCCGAGCCGCAGCCAUUGCUGUCGUCGAUUAUUCGCAAUGCGUCGGCCGCCCACGAACUUAACCUCAAGCGCGUGCUGGCCAGCGCCAACGUAUCCAUUGCCAACACAUUUGAUACGCUGGCCGGUCUCUACGCGUACCUCGAGCACAUUGACCUGACUAAUCCUGAGCGCAUCCGACCGUCGUGGGACACAUAUUUUAUGCUUCUUUCGGAGCUGGCAUCGCACAGGGCCAAUUGCAUGAAGCGCAAGGUCGGGUGUAUCCUGGUCAAGGACAACCAGAUCAUUGCGACAGGAUACAAUGGCACGCCCAAGGGAAUCACAAAUUGCAAUGAGGGCGGCUGCCCCCGGUGCAACGACGGCACGCCGUGCGGUGUGUCGCUGGACCACUGCCUGUGCAUCCAUGCAGAGGAGAAUGCCUUGCUGGAGGCUGGCAGGGGACGGGUGCGCAAUGCUGUUGAUGUGGUGCUGUACUGCAAUACGUGUCCCUGCCUGGGGUGCGCAAAGAAGAUCGUCCAGGUUGGCGUUAAGGUCGUUGUCUACUCGAAGGGGUAUGGCAUGGAUGAGCUGACGCUCAAGCUGUUCAAAGAGGCCAAGAUCGUCGUUCGCCAGCAUACGCCGCCAACCAUCAGCAUGGAGAUCGGCUCGCCAUGAAGAGUAAAACGCAGCAAUGUACAAUUCACUUUUAUUUGCACACACAUAGAUAAAUGCACUCGGAUUAAAUCAUUUUUGGUAACCCACUAGGGUUUAUUAAUGUUUAGCGAUAAUUGAAUUUAAAGGACACGACAGCAUCGGGCAGCAUGCGCUCCUUGCACCAGUCGACCGCCUCGUCGCUGACCCUCCGGCAUUGAAUAAAGCUCAGCUCAGUCAGCGUAAACAUG